GCUUGAGACGCAUGUCAAGAUAUUCAGAAAAAGAUGCAGUGAAUCUUGAGUACCUGACACCUCAAGCAAAUUCCUCAGACCUUCAUCAUGAGGAAGCAAGAUCAUGAAAUGAGCAGAUUCCUCAAGGAUGGAAGCCAAGCACCUCGGGUCAAGCAAAUCUGGCUCAUCAAUUUGCUCGGCAGGAGCGAAGACCUUGAACUCAGCCAGACAAGAAAAAUCCUUUGAACACACUGCUGUAAUGGUAAAAUUGUCUUGCCUUUGGGAUCGGAAAGAAUUAGCACCCUCGAUUUUGCAGCACUCAUCAACGCGCAGGUAGCGCAACCACAAUAGCUUCCGCAUCCAAGUCAUCAUGAGUUCAUCCACAGAUGUUGCAAUGUCCCGCCAGAACGUCCUUGAUGCCUUACACGCCCUCAACCAUCACCCGGAUGGCAACGUAAAGAAGCAGGCCAGCACCUGGUUGGAACAGUGGCAAUCCUCCUUGGAUGCUUGGAGCGUCAGCGACAAUAUCCUGCAUGAUUCCAGCUCCAGCUUGGAGGCUCAGUACUUCUGUGCCCAGACUCUCAGAACAAAGGUGCAGCGCGACUUUGAGGAGCUGCCACAGGGCGCAGCAGCCAGCCUGCGCGACUCGCUGGUGGAGCUGCUGCUGCGAUUUGGCAAUGGGUCGCCUCCUGUGCGCACGCAGCUGUGCCUGGCGGUGGCUGCGCUUGUGGCGCACAUGCCGCCGCAGCAGUGGGGCCCUGGCGGCAGCCUGCAGUGGCUCGUGCAGCGCCUGAGCAGCGACUCCCAGGCGGCCGCGCUGCCCUGCCUGCUCGAGCUUCUCACCAUCCUGCCGCAGGAGGCCGGCAGCUAUCGGCCGGCGGUGCGCCCCGAGCGGAGGCGUCAGCUUAUCCAGGAGAUGGAGGCCGCCAUCCCCACCGCGCUGCAGCUGCUUACCACCGUCCUCCAGCAGCACACAGGGCCGGACGUGACGCUGCGAGUGCUGGUGGCUUUCAGCGAGUGGCUGAAGCUGGCCAGCGCCAGUAAUCUAGACGGGGCGGCCCUGGCGCAGCACCCGCUGGUGACCGCGGCACUGGACGGACUAAACUCGGAGCGCACAUUGGACGGCGCAGUGGACGCUGUUGUGGAGCUAAUCUAUGUCAGCAGCUCCGGAGGGCAGCCCGAGGACAACAUGCUGCCGCUCGUCGCGCGCCUUGUGCCCGCGGUGCGUGCUCUUUCACCUGCGCCUUUUGAGGACGGGGACGACACAGAGACGGCCAAGGGCAUGGCGCGCCUCUUCGCGGAGGUCGGCGAGGCCUACUGCGGCCUCAUCGCCACAGGCACCCAACAGGCGCUGCAACCGGUGGAGGCGCUGUUGGCGGUGGCUGCGCACCCGGACAACGAGCUGGCAGCAAUGUCAUUCAUCUUCUGGCACCGCCUUGCGCGCCACCUCACCUCCUCCUUCGGCGCAGAGCCUGCUAGCAACGACGAGCUGGUGCGGCGCGUGGGUGUGUUCACACCGGCGUUUGAGCACCUGGUGGCGCUGCUGCGCGGGCGAGUGCGCUUGCCGACCGACUGGGACGCCUGGGAGCAGGACGACCGCGACGACUUUAAGCAUGCGCGCCAGGACGUGGGGGACGCUCUCCUAGACGCUGCAGGUGUGCUGGGCGGCGAGCGGACGCUGCAGCUGUUGACGGAGCCGCUGGCUGCGGUGAGCGAGCAGGUCGCCGCGGGGGGCGCCUUCAACUGGGCCACCGCCGAGGCCGCCCUGUACUGCGUGCGCGCCAUCCACAGCAAUGCGCCGGAGCCGGGGAACGCGCUGCUUCUACAGCUUUUCAGCAGCCUGCCGCAGCUGCCGCCCGUGCCGCAGCUGCAGUACACGGGCGCCAUGCUGCUGGCCGCCUACGCUGACUGGCUCGCCAAGACUGCUGGCGGUGGGGGCAUCGCCGACCUCAUGCCCCAGCUGCUCCAGAUGCUCACCACAGGCCUGAACAACAAGGAGGCGGCCAAGGCAGCUGCGCUGGCGCUGCGCCACCUGUGCGACGCAUGUGGCGCGGCCAUGGCGCCCCACCUGGACGUGCUCAUGUCCCUGUACCAGCGCAUCCAGUCGGCCGGCGAAGCCUCCACCUCCGCCGCUGGCCCUCAAAGCCAGGCCGCCCUGCAGGAGAACGAUGUGCAGCAGGUGGUGGAGGCACUGGCUCUGGUGGUGUCCGCGCUGCCUGCAGAGCAGCGCAGGGCGGGCUUGGAAGCGCUGCUGUCGCCCAUCAUGGCGGCUCUGCACGCAUGCCUGCACCAGCCCCCGCUGCCGCCGGCCAAUGGCCAUGUCUUGAACGGCACAGCCGCGCCGGUCGCCCUCACCGGCUUCGAGCAGGCCACGCCGCUGGUCGACCGCAUGACCAUCGUCUUCAGGUACGUGGGCGACCCGGAGGGCGUGGCUGCGGCGCUGCAGCGCGUGUGGCCGCUGCUGAGCGCCAUCAUCGAGCACCUGCGCGGCUCCACGCGCGCCACAGAACGCAUCGCCCGCUGCCCCCGCUACGCACUCCGCACCGCAGGCAAGUCGGCGGCUGUGCUGCUGCCGACGCUGACGGAGACGCUGCCGCGCUGGUUUGAGGCGACGCGGCACAGCAGCUUCCUGUACGUGGCCUCCGAGCUCAUCAAGGUCUUUGGCAGCGACCCCGACCUCACCGCGGAACUCGGGAGGCUGUUUGAGCGGCUGGUGGGCAAGGCGUGCGAGCAGCUGCGCAGCCUGCAGGACUUCAUCGACGACCCCGACAUAGCGGACGACGCCUUUCUGCUGGCCGGCCGCGGGCUGUCCUACUGCCCCGCCAUCGUGCUCACGUCCGCCACCCUCCCCCGCCUCCUCGAUGCUGCCACCGCCGGCGUCCUCGUCCAGCACAGGCACCGCCCUCUGCAUGACCCCAACACACCUCCAAGCAUCACCCCAUUCUCAAUCACAGCGGCAGUCGUCCCCAGAGCUCCUGUCCUGGUCAGGCUGCUGCUGGCAGGCGCGGUUGGAGCGCUGCCCGCACCCAGAUCCUCGGACGUUGCUGAUGUCCUCAUCGCCUUGCUGAAGGCCACGCAUGACCAGGGCGUGCAGUGGCUGAAGGCAGCUGUGGAUGUGAUCCCGGACGAGUCUGCCACCGCCUCAGACCGCGAGCAGCUCCUGAGCGCAGCUGUUGCGCUGGCCCAGGGCAACAAUGCUGCGGGUAGCAGGUGCGAUCCAAUGGGAUCCCACGGCAGCCUUCUGUCAGCACACUCUGUAUGUGCAAGUCAGGCUGAUGAGCGUCCAAUCGAUCAUGUUGGGAUCUCUGAUGAGUGCAUGUGUAUGCACAAGCAGGCCGGUGGGGCAUGCUGUAGAGGAGCUGGCAGAGCUGGUGCGGCGCAAUAG